UGUCACGGAGUCGUGUCUUCACCGCUGCUACAUCGCGACCUCGGUCAUUCAAGUGCAGUUCCCGGAUUGUUCUGAUCUUGCAGCGCGGCUGAGGACGAUACCGCCGCCGUCAUGUUUUCGUCACGUUACGGCCGCAUGUUCUUCAUGUGGUUCGCCGUCUCCUCGCUGAUCCUGGGGUCCGACGCGCUGGACCCGAUGAUCUACCCGGGCAUGCAGACCGGAUGGAGCCUCAUGGACGAGUUGGCCAUGUGGAACCCGUACGAGCCCGUCGAAGAGAUAAAAAUGCUGCCGGAUUACGAUUUCGUCGUGGUCGGUGCCGGCAGCGCGGGCGCGUUGGUGGCCAACAGGUUGACCGAGGUUCUCAAUUGGAAAGUAUUAUUAAUCGAAGCCGGACAAGAAGCUACGGGUCUCAUGGAUAUACCGUUAGUAGCUUCGCUAAUGCAAGGCUCAACGAUCAACUGGAAUUACAAAACCGUGCCGAUGAACAAUUCGUGUUUAGGUUACGAAAAACAGCAGUGUAAGAUGCCGAGGGGAAAAGUUAUGGGUGGUAGCAGCGUGCUGAACUACAUGAUAUAUACGCGAGGCAACCGAAAAGAUUACGACGAUUGGGAGAAAAUGGGCAACCCGGGGUGGAGCUACGACGAGGUGCUGAAGUAUUUUAAGAAAUCGGAAGACGCCAAACUGUCGGACGCGGAUGAGGACUAUCACGGCCAAGGAGGCAUGUUGCCAGUAACCGACAUCCCGUUUAGGACGCCCAUAGCCAAAGCUUUCGUGAAUGCUGCGUCGGAGAUCGGAAUGCCCUUCGUCGAUAUCAACGGCAAGAGUCAGAUCGGUGUCGAUUACAUUCAGGAAAAAUUUGAGAUCCCAGUCCCCCAGAAAAUAUUUGAAAACACGCCACUGAUUAUAUUCAUGCAAGUUAUUUCAUCCCUUUAUCGUUCCGAAAAACUCGUCUACGUGGACUAUUCAUUUGAACAACUGUUACCACGUAUACCAUCAAAGCGUAAACAAUGUACAUAUUUUCAUCCGUGA